AUGGAAACUGCCGAAGAGAAAGGGGAGGGGCCCAGUGAGGCAGCCGAAGCAAAAGCUGAGCCAGAAGAGGGGGGAGAAGAGGAAGAGUGCAAGCAAGAGGAAAAGGAGCUUGAAAAGGCAGAAGAGAAGAUUGCGGAGGCCCAGGAGGAACUCAACAAGAAAGAAAUAAAAGCAGAAGCUGCAGAAGCAGCAGAACUCGAAAAAAGAGCAAAUGCAAUUGCCCAGGCGGAGGCAGAAGAGGCCGAAGACGAGCAGCUCAACGAAGAGGCAUAG